GCGUCGCGUCUUCCUCUCCCCUUCCCCAAUCGAUAUCCCCGGGCCAGACUGUUCAUCUAGUCAUGCAAUCUUAAAACUGUAAACAUAUUCGCAGUAACGCCCCCUUUUCGCCCGCCCGACGCGCUCCCCCCGACGGCUGUCAUUUUCUUCUUUCCUUUUCUUUUCACGGUCCUUCACGUUCCCCCACGCCCGCUUCGCGAUGGCCGCGCCUGGCAGGUCGUCGACGAACCGCCUGCGCUCCAAAACCUCCGACAUCUCUGACUAUCUCCGCGGCACGCGCAAUGAACCCCGGCAGCCAGAAUCCAAGCCCACACCGCACGACGAGACACCGUCCAGGGGGAUGCACAUGAUCUCGUUUUUCGGGCGCAGACGCAAGUCCAGCGCUGUGUCAACGGACAGUAGAACGCAGCGGGAAGGCGACGUUCCACCAGUGCCCCAGAUCAGUGCAGUCGUCCAGUCAACCAGCAGACCUUCAUCCUCAAAAUCGUCUGCCUCGUCUCCGACAACGCGCUCCCGCGUUCCGUCGCCGCUUUCUCCUGGCAACGUCUCACCACAUUCGUUCGGCCCUCUGUCCCAACUCAUUCACUCCAGGUCCAUCAAACGUCUCAGCGGAACCAAUGCAGAGCAGAAGCCCAAGGCGGGCACGUCGCUCCCAGUGCCUGCCGUGCAACGCCUUCAGUCGCAGAAGUCGACCUCCUUCGAGUUUACGCGGCGGGAGAGCAACGAGAGCCAGAGCACGCCCCCUAGUCGUCCCGCAAACGUCGCGGCUCGCAAAGCGUCGUCCAACCCACGCAGCAGCCACCUGACCAUCACCGUGUCUGCACCACCCGAGGCCGACGACAGGCAGGAUGAUAUCACGCCCCGCGCGUCCCGUUCCCCGCAGUCCGGCCCUUCGCCGCCGCCACCGCCGCCAAAAAACCCUGUAAGAUCGCAGAGACGCAGAGCCCAGGAAGCACAUAACUCAGACAGCUCCGCACCGCCUUCCCCGCUCACGCCUGUGCAGUUCCCCGCACCGUCAGUACCCCGAACGAGCACUAGCACGAGCAGCGUCUCUUCAGGCACGGGCGGAAACCGGACGUUCUCGAGACUCAGAUCGAAGUUGUCGCGCGAGCGGCUCACCCAGAAGCGCGCGAGCGGCGUGCCAGUCGCAGCCAGUCGCGCCGCCGCGGCGGACGCUGUGUCCGACAACGACGGAGUCGAAAGCGCACCGGAGCCGAGUACGCGCGCGGCCCUGCCCUACCGUCCCGCUUCCGCCGCUUCCCUCGCUCGCGCCGUGUCCACCGCAGGCAAGCCAUCAGCAGCAGCAGCCCGCGGGGGUUCGACUUCCCCUCUUCGGCGCACCCGUCUUCCGUCAGCCACCUCUUCCAUCGCAUCGAGCGGCAAGACCCCGCCGCCCGCUCUCACGGGCCUCCGCAAGGUGCGCGGCGGCCCACCCACGGACCCGCUGCCCGCGCCCCCGUCCUCUGAGUCCGCGUCCGCGUCGUCGAACUCGACCAAACGGAACACAGACGAGUCCCACAGCGACUCGGGUGGGUCUAUGAGCACGAUGCCCAGCAUCCCGAGCGUGGCGUCCACACGCAUGAGCGUCGGGCAGGUGCACCAGCUCCUGUUCCGCCAUCGCACGGGGACCGCCACGUCCCUCGCGUCUACGAGCACCGGAAGCGGGACGCUCGCGAGCUCGGGGAGCAGCCCGCGCGCCGGCGGGGAACGCGAGAGCAGCAGCCCGCCGUCGCUGCUCCGCGAGCAGAUCCUCGCCGAGAGCGGGCCCGUGCAGGCGGCGCGAGCGCGUCUGUCGGCCGGGACGGAUGAGUCCUAUGUCGGCGCGCACCUCACCACCGUCGAGCAGCUGCGCGAGGCGCUGCAGGCGCAGAGCGCGAAGUACCAGCGGCUCACCGCGUACCUGCUCACACUCUCGGAGCGGCACGCUGUCGAGAAGAGCGAGCUGAUGCGACGGAUCGAGACGCUCGAGAAGGAGGCGCGGAAGCGCGAGCAGGAGAUCACCGGUCUGCGGUGGCUCGUCAUGAACGCGGGCUCGAGCGCGUCGGCUGCUGCCGCUAAGAACGCGAAUGGGGACGCGAAUGGAAACGGGAACGGAAACGCGAAUGGCGCGGCGGCGAAGGAGGGCCAAAACCCUGUGAAGCCGAGCCCUGCGGCGCGACUGCGUGAUCGGAUGCGCACUAGCUCAGGGUCGAGCUCAGGCAGCCAUAAGGGCACACGGAAGGUCGCCUCGCCGGAGCGCGCCCUGUCCGCGGACUCGCAUGGGGACCAAGAGAGCAUAGAGGAGGGCCUCUACGAGAUGCAGCAGUCGGUGUCGGACCUGAUCGCACCCAUGCAGCCGAGCCCAGCGAUGUCGGACGCGGUCACGAAUCCGGCGCCAGCGAGUGUUGGCGGCAGGAUGAGCGUGAGGCGGUCAAAUUCGCGAAGUCUAUCUGAGGCGGCGAAUACUGCCAAGGCCGCGUCGUCCGCAUCGGCCGCAUCGUCCGCGUCGCAGCGAAGAGUGAGGCAGACGAGCUCGCCCACACUGCCUGGUGAUGCGAUGGGGCUGGGAAUCAGUGCUACCGACUUACCUAGCAUCCCGUCCCUCCCAAGUUCUGAGCAUGGCCACGGCGUCUCCCCGGCAUCCUCCUCGGAGUCCGCCGCCUCAAUCCCGUCCUUGACAGCCACGAAUACGGCGUCUUCAGGCCUGUCUGGCAUCCCUGAGACACCGACGACGCCGGGUAGAGCAUCGAUGGACAUCACUGAUGCGCUGAAGGAUAAGGAUCCGAGGCGUCGCUCGAAGAGAGAAAGCGUCGUCGUUGGCCCACCGCGCCCGGCUCGCCGUCACGCCCCUGCAUCAUCGGUGUCUUCGCUUUCGUCGGGAUCACCCCCCACCGCGUAUGCUGGGAACCUCAAGAUGAGUACAUCGCCUUCUAUAGGCCAAGUGUUGGACCGGGCCAAACCGAGCGACACGGAGAAGCAGCGGUCCAGAUAGUCAGGCUCGCCCUCCGGGUCGCACCCACCGUACGUGUAUCAAAGAUUCAUUACAACUUGAAGCCGUGACAAGAGUUCAUGGUAUACGCCACUCGCCCCCACGUUCGUUCUACGUCGUAUACAUACUUCCGUAUAAUGUCGCCUAUAGUCCCUUGCUUUGUGGUAUAUGUAUCCUCGCUCUGGUUGGCACAUCAGACGCUCCUAGUACCAUACCCAACCUCGCGUACACUACAAUUCGUUCAUAUCGUGCAUAUGUCGCUGUCACCGCAUUCUAGCAUAUACUCUCGCCGUCAUGGAUUGCACAUCAUUAGCAUUAUCAGCAUUAGCCUCUGUCAUUUUUGGACCAUUGUUAUUACAUUUAGAGCACGGAGCUUGUACCAUGUCUCAUCAUCUUCCGACUCCCGUGCACUGUGAAUACAAACGUAUUUCUACUCUCACCUCA